AUGAUGUCCACACCGUAUGGACUGAGUGCACCGUUGUACGUUCAUUCCGGUCAAACGGACUUCCAUCCGGUUCCCUUCAGUGACUCGUAUUCACCGGCGCGUGUGAUACGAUCACCGUCCGAAUCGCAAAUGUUUUGGGAUCCAACCACACAACAGCAUGCUUCGGGCCCAUUCAGUCCGGUAUCAUUCCCGGGGAAUACGAUUGGUUGUGCUGUGAAUGGCACCCAGUUUAUGGGCAGUGAUUCCGAAGAAGACAAAGAUGAAUUUGUCACAUUUGGUACCUGUGUAUCCCUACGCGGUGAACGCUCGGCUUAUGAUCCAAUGCAACCAAACUAUUCGGGGACUUCGGAACUGGAGGACACGUUAGCUAAUGUACCUCUGAGUGCCGGUCUGGAGGCGGAAGAAGAAUGUGAUGAGGAGAUGCUAAAAACUAUGCAAAAUGGUCUACCCGUACCGGAUACGGUGGACUAUGUCAGACUUGCUCGGGAGAAUGAGUUGCUGCGUAAAGAGAAUUUGCGCCUGCAUGAAUUGAAUGAAACGUACGAGGCGAAGCAGUACACACAAAACGGAGAAGCUCUGCUUGCAGACAAUGUCGUGGGAGAGGAUGGUGACGAUCAAAUCGAGGAGAUCAUCGAGGAGGAAGUGCACACAAUCAAACAUGCCAGACCAUCAAUCGGUACGGCAGGAGCAAACCAAGUGCAGCAGGAAUUCACCGAGUACAUCGAACGUCAAGAUGAGGCAACUCAGAGCGCACUACCGGGUCGAAGAAAUGUCGGAACCGGAAAUUGGAAUGUACAGCAACACCACAUGAUCGAUUUAAGUGCCCCCAUGAUUGACGAGACACAGUUCCCGGCAUCCUAUUGGUCUCGUUUGGAAGAACUGUUCUACAAUCGUUUCUGUUCCAAUCGUCCAAUCACACGGGAGUUAGGUAUACAGACUCGAGAAACCACGCACCGCACUACGGCCACAAUGGCUGUGCCAUUAACAUCCACCCCGAGAGAACGUCAUUGUUUCGGUGUCUCGGUCAGUCCAAUUAUGCAAAGUGUUGGAGUCAUGUGCCCACAAGUUUCUACUCGCGAAUUCGGUUGUACCACCGUGGAAUCGGCUGCCGUAGUUCAAGAUUGGAUUGACAAUCGUCUUGUCGGUGUCAAUGAUACCACACGAAAACUGGUUCAGCGGCUGUUCAAAAGUUCAAUGCAUAGUCGUGAUGAGUUUUUGGAAACGAUACUGCAAGUGGUCAAACGUGAUCUGCGCCACGUAGGUUUGCAAAUCAAACCGGAACAACGCUCCCAGUUUGCUUUUACUCGCAGUGAACGUCUCGUGUCUACCGCUUCCGGGGACAACUCACGAAUAGACGAAACCGAAGCGAAACAGACCGAGUCUAAGCUGGUUGAAGCUCGCCCAGUUCAAUCGAACCGUUCCACUGUGACACAUCAUAUUAUGGGAACAAGUGUGUCUUGUGAGACAGAGGCACCGUUGCUGCGUAGUCAAGGUGCUCAAGCUGUGCCCGAAGUACCGGAUGUAACCGCAUGUAGUGUGCAAGUUGGCCAGGCAGUACACACGGUUGACCAGGCGCUAGAUCCAAUUUUUUCACAAACAAGGCAAGCCACAAUCGGAAUACAAGUCGAUGCGGAGACCUCGGAAACCAAAGUGUUCAUGACCAAAUCGGCCGAGGAAGUUGAACGUAUGUGGCAAUCACGCUCGGAGCGUUCUAGUUCGCAUGCACAAAGUGGUCAAGUUUAUCAAAACAAUCAGAUUGGUCAAAUUGAGUAUGCUGUUAAAGAACAACUUACAGAUAAAGAGGUCGUUGAACCCAACAUAAUUCCUUCACGACGUGAAGGCACUUCCGGUGAGCAUCGUAUCUCAGAUAGUCUUCGUCAAUCUGCUCCGUACUGGCAAAACACGAGUGGCUCAUCUGAAAGCUAUACCGUAUCCACGGAACGGCGUAUGGUUGAUGAAUUAUCCGAGAGACAUUUACUUCCCAGUGAUGUGGAUCUGGAAGAACUGUCUCGUGGAGGACCGGAAGCGUUGGAUGCCAUAUUGGUUCGCGCCAAAGAUCUGGGCACAACUCACGUGGUUCGUGAGUUUCAACCAGAAGUCGAAGUAUAUCAUUCCAUCCAACCGCACUCUCCUUUCAAACCAACCACACCGGCUGAAACUAUACUCACCUCCGAACUGUUCCCGGGUACCCCAUCCACCAGUGGUCCAUCUACCGAUACGAUUGGAUUCCAAAUCCCGGUAAUCCACUCGCCUUCGCCCGUUGGCGGGUCAGCCACGCAUCAGGUACGAUCGAUCCCGGUCGAGCGCCUGGGCGCGACACAUUCCCCGACAUUGGUCACUCGUUUGGAUUCAGUCCCGAAAAAAAAGUCUGUCGUUGAACCUGAUCCCAAGCCGUCUACAUCCACCGAAAAAGAAGACACCAUGUUCCAUGUGUCACGAACCAGUCGACCGAAUUCCUUCCGUUCGAGUGGUGAGCAGUCGAAGACCACGGAAUCCCGAACGGAUGUGAUUAGUGCACCAGAUGAAAAGUGA